AUGUAUAAAUUGAACAAAAGCUAAACAAUUCCAUAAAGGACUAAAGAAAAAAGUAGUAUUCUCGCCCACUGUGUUAAUUGUGAAGAAUUCAUUCCUUUAGAUAGAAUAGAUCUUCAUGCACAAAUUUGUACUUAAGUAUCGAAUAAAGUACUUAAAUUUGCAUUUUCUUCAAUUUGUUUUGAAGAAAAUGAUUUCAAAUUAAAAAAAUUGAAAUCAAAUUUGUAAAAUAAGAACUAUUAACAAACUCAAAGAUUAUGUCGAAUUUGUGAAUUAGUUACUCAAAUUAAUACUAUAGGAUAUGUAGAAGAAGCAUCAUUAAUAGAAUUUGAAAAUGAGCUUCAUAUUUUAAGUAAAGAACCAAUAGAAUCAUUGAAUUUAUAAAUAUAUAUAGAAAGAUUGCGCUCACUUAUAAUUGAAAGAAUUAUAAUGAUUCAGAAUUAGUUAAAUUCUAAAGUUAUUCGACCUUCUCAAUCUUAAUAACACUUUUAUGCAUAAACAAGUACUGUUUUUCAUUCAAAAUAAUCAAAAAUAUCAACAGGUUCCACUUAAACAUUGAGUAAUUUUAAUUUAUAAAAUUUGAUAUCGAACUAAUUUGAAUAGUCAGAAAUUAUUACUUCAGGACAUUAAUUAACAUAAAACCAAAAUCUAGAGAAUCGAAUGACAAAUUUAACACGAUUCUCACAUGGAAGUCUUAAAUCAUAAUAAGGAAUUACAUCUCAAUAAAGGAAAGGAGAUGUCUUACUGACUAAUAUUAGUGAAUUAUCAGAAACAAUAAAAGAAUAAAAUGAUCCAAAAACAUUUGCAUAAAGAUGUUUUUAUUCUAAAGUCUUAAAUUUAAAAUUAGGAUAUCCUUAAUCCAGCCCAGCUUAAAAAAUUCCUGUAUCUCUAUUAUGGAAAUAAGCAGAAUAAAAAUAAAUUAAAACUGAAAAUUGGGAUCUAUUUAUUAAAAAAUGUCUUGAUAAUCCUUUUCUAUAUGUGGAUCCUAAAAAAUUUAAUAAAAAUUUCAAUAAUUCAACUUUAAAUAUUAAGAAAGAUUGA